AUGUUCCCUCGAAGGCUGACAGCUUACGGCUGUAGAGCUCUCCCUCGUGGACUCUCAUCAACUCGAGCAAGUGCUCAGAGAAUCAGCCUCAAAUCAACAAACUCACAAUGCCUUACGCAUCAACGGACGCUCACAACGAAGAACUUUGGGAUUCCCCCACUGUUUGAGCCGACAACAACAAUCUCAGCCCAAGACAACAAUCUCACCAUCUCCAGCGGAGACCGUUUCAUACAGAUUCAAGAUCAAAAGCAUGGCGGCUGGACACGGCUCGAUGCCACUGUUCUUCGCGAUAGCUGUACAUGCACAACAUGCGUCGACCCAGCCUCUGGUCAAAAGAGCUUUGCGACAACAGCAAUUCCCUCAGACAUCGCCAUUGAUGGUAUCCACACGACUUCAACCGGCGUGGGCAUCUCGUUCAAGAACGACAUGUAUAAAGAUCACGAGAUGAUUCUUCCUUGGAGUUCUGUCGACAAAGCACUUGGCCAUGCACCAGUUGAGAGAAUGCCAUACCCAAGACAAGACGCAGUGUAUCCCAAAACAGGGCGUACGUUUUGGGACAAAGCGACUAUCCAGCAACGUGUACGAAAGAUUGACUAUCAUGAGUUCAUGAAACGCGAUGAUGCAUUCUGGCAUACUCUUCUCGAUCUAUCGAACCUCGGUCUUGUGUUUCUUAAGAACGUACCGCACGAUGAGAACUCUAUCGUCGAUAUUACAACACGCAUUGCCAAUAUUAAAGAAACCUUCUACGGCCGCACUUUCGACGUUCGCGCUAAGCCAGACGCCGAGAAUGUAGCGUACACAAGCGGUUACCUUGGUCUUCAUCAGGAUUUAUUAUACCUUGAGAGUCCACCUGCAAUCCAACUUCUUCACUGCAUGGAAAACUCGUGCAAUGGCGGAGAGUCACUGUUUAGUGAUGGGCUGUUCGCUGGAAAGCUACUAUGGCUACAAAACUCCCCAGCGGUCAGGAAUCUCGCUCGAGUGAAGAUUCCAUAUCACUAUGAGAAACACGGAUACUUCUAUCGUCAGCAGCGAUCACUGUUUGAUGUUGGGCCAGAUGGAAAUCUCGCAGCUGUAUACUGGAGUCCGCCGUUCCAGAACCAAUUCCAGGUUGCAGCUGUCGACGCAAGGGCGUGGCUUGAACCAGCGCAGUUAUUCGAUGGGCUGAUCAACGAUCCUGAUGCAAUGUUCGAGAUGAAGAUGAAGCCAGGAGAGUGUGUCCUUUUCGAUAACAUGAGGGUCAUGCAUGGACGGAAUCAGUUUGACGUUGGCGGAGGAUCAAGAUGGUUGAGAGGAGCGUACAUUGCACGAGAGGAUCUCGUUAGUCGUGUUCUCCAUGUGCCUGAAGCUUUGGCAGCGGAGUAUCGCAAUGGCAAGGAAUGGAGUCGUGCGCUAGAGGAUGAGGAGUUGAAGGCAUCGAAGUGGUUUGACAAGGUCGGCAGACAGGUUGAAAGCGUUGUUGACGGAUUAAAGAGAAAAGGAGCCGCGGACUUGGGAGAAAGGGAUUAUGAAGUGUUAAACCUGGGAUAG